AUGAGGACGCGCGCCCAGGCCGGCGCCGUCGACACGGCUCUCAUUGCCCAAGCCUUUUCAAUCGACGAGCCUCAGCUUGAUUCUCUACUGGACGCUCCCACACAAGACUUGAUCAAGGACUUCCUGUCGGCCCUUACUGAACGGGCAAAGGACUUUGACAACCUCAAGGCCGACAAACUCAGAUCCGACCUAGAACUCGAAAACACCCUCCGCGCUGGAGAGUCAAAGGUCAAGGCCCUCAAGGCUACCCUCAACAAGAAUUCUCAGGAAAUCCAGGACCUCCGCAAAUCGCUCGAUGAUCAACAAAAUGCUCGCGCCGAGCUUCAAACCGAGCUCGACGCUGUAAAGGCUUCAUCAACACAUUCAACCUCCGAGCUCGACACUCUGCGUGCCCGCAUCGCCUCGCUCGAAACCUCCAAUCGCGACACCCUCAACGUCCUCGAAUCGAAGUCGACUGCUCAUGACGACCUCGCUCAGGAACUUGCCACCCAACACCAGAAGAUAAUUUCUCUGCGUCGCGACAUCUCCGCAUUGGAGGAGAAGAACCAGUCCUUGGAAAAUGCCGCAUCCAGUGCAAAGUUCAAGGAGCAAGCUCUUCAGCAGGAGGUUGAUUUGCUCAAGCGCAACAACGACUGGCACGAGUCUGAGCUAAAGACGCGUACUACCGAGCACACAAAGUUUCGCAAGGAGAAAAAUGCUCGCAUUUCCGAACUGCAGCGCGCCAACGAGGAUGCGAAUGCCACGGUAGACGCUCUGAAGCGUACAGAGACGACUCUUCGCCAACGUUUGGAAGAGCUAGGCCAAAAAGCAGACGACGCCUUCGCCAAGAUUCAGCAGAUGCAGGAAGGUGCUUCCAAGGCCGAAGAGUCCUUCCGUAUCGAAUUGGACAGCGCCCGUAGACUCGCUGAACUGCAGAAGCAGAGUUCGGACACCGCCAAGGCGCGUCUACUGGAUCUUCAGAACAACAUCGACCAAAUCAAGGAGAAUGCUGCAGAAGAAGUUGGACAGCUUCAAGCCGAGAUCGAGACCGAACGAGCCGACCGUGAGGCUGUAGAAGCUAAGCUUGCCGAACUGGAGCUCGAAGUCGAACGCCUCCAAGCUGCGGCUUCCGAGGCACAGAACAAUGCUUCCGUCAUGGCCACUCCCAAACGCAACUCCAAUGGCUUAGCACCAGCCACUCCUGGACGGGAUGGAUCGCCUGCCGCCUUCACACCCGGAUCUGCACGUAUGAAGGGCAACAUGAACUUCACCCAACUUUACAGCGAGUACAGCACCAUGAAGGCAGACCUUGAGGCAGAGAAGCGUAGAAACUACCUUCUGAGCAACGAGCUCGAUGAGAUGAUUCGCGAUCUUGAAAACAGAGGUCCUGAGCAGGAGGAGCUACGUGAGGAGAAGGAGCGCGUUGAGGCUGAGAUUCUGGAAAUGUCCUCGAUGCUCGAUGCAGCUUCGACAGAACGUGAUGAAGCACGCAAAGAAGCACGUAAUCUCAAGGGUCAGACUGAGGGGCUUUCGAGAGAAGGUGAUAUUCUUCGUCAGCAGCUCCGCGACCUCAGUGCACAGAUCAAGAUUCUUUUGGUUGAGAUGCAAGCUCGCGACCAAGGUCUGGAGGCUCUCGACACAGCAGGUCAAAUGCAACUGCAGAUGAUCGCCAAUGGUGAACUCGACGACCAAUCCUCUGCGGCAGACGAAACCUCUGCAGGAGCUCUGAUCAGCCAAAGACUGUUGCUCUUCAGAAACGUUCAAGAGCUUCAGGAGCAAAACGUCCAGCUGUUGAAGCUCAACCGUGGUCUUGCUGAUCGCAUGGAAGGUGAAGCUGCAAAGGCCAAACAAUCGGAAACCGAACAGGCUCUGCAGGAGCUCGACGAGCUUCGUGAUCGCGUUCAGAGACAUCAAGACGAGAUCAAGUCCAUGACCACGCAAUGUGAGAGCAUCAUGCGCGAGCGUGACAUGUUCAGACGUAUGCUCUCUCACCGUGGACAGCUGCCAGCUGGUACCGACCUCCAAGCUGCCUUUGGACGUUCCGUCGGCCCAAUCCCGUCAACUCCUCCACCAAGGGGCUCUGUACGAGAGAUCGAAGAUACACCCCGUUCCAAGGAGUUGUCCGACUAUUCCAGGCUUCUAAAGGAGAUGCAAACUCACUUCGAUGCUUACAGGCAGGAGGCUGCAACAGAUCACAGCACUCUCAAACAGCAAGUCGACAAGCUUGCUCGCGAAAAGGGCGAACUGCAAGGAGAGGUAGCUCGUACUGGCGGUCAGAUCACGCUUGCUCAUGAACGUUACGGGAUGCUUCAGGCCAACUACGACAUGCUUAAAUCGGAAAACUCGGAACUGCAAAAGCGAUCUCAGUCUUUAGCCGAAGUGGCAGCCAAGCAAGACCUUCGCACACAACAGGUCGCCGAAGAACUGGUAGAGGCCCGCUCCCUUGCCGACAGCAUGCGUAAUGACACUGCCAACCUCAGAGCCGAGCGAGAGCUUUGGAAGAAGAUUGAGGCUCGCAUGACGGAGGACAACCAAUCACUGUUGAACGAGCGUAGCCGCCUCAACAAGAUGAUUGCGGAUCUUCAAAGUUUGCAAAACGAGCGCGAGUUGGCCGAGUCAGAAACUCGUCGUAGACUCCAGAACAGAGUCGAGACCCUCGAGGCCGAUAUUGAUGCUACAAAGAAGAAGCUGGAAACCGAGGUCGAGGAGAGCAAGAAGGCGGCUCUCAGAAGAGAGUAUGAUCAGGACCAGAGCAGGACGAGAAUUGAUGAUCUGGUCAAGAGUCUGUCAAGUGUCCGCGAGGAACUUGUCGCAGCCAAGACUACACGCGACCAACUUUCAUCCAGGAAUCUUCAGUCAGUCCGUACUGAAUAUAACCAACUCAGAACCGAAGUUGCUGCCAUCAAGGCCGAGGCCGAAGCUGCAAAGGCCACACUGAGCCAGAGUGAAGAGAGCUGGGCAGAAGUAAGGGAAAGAUAUGAGCACGAACUGAGCGAGGUCAGACUCGGACGCGAAGAUCUCAAGUCUCAAAACAAGCUCCUUCACGAGCAGCUCGAAUCUGUCAGCAGUCAGAUCUCUGAUUUGCAACAGAAGAAGACCUCGUCCGAGGAGCAACACGACUCGGAGCAAACACAUGGCUCCGAGUUCGAGAAUCUCCAAGAAGUCAUCAAGUACCUCCGUCGUGAGAAGGAGAUUGUGGAUGUUCAGUAUGAGCUCUCUACUCAGGAAAGCAAGCGUCUUCAGCAACAGCUCCAAUACACGCAGACACAACUCGACGAAACUCGCCAGAAGCUCGGCGAGGAACGUCAACAACAUGCCGAUCACGAAGCAAACACGGUCAGCCACAACAAACUUAUGCAAACCAUCAACGAACUCAACGUCUUCCGCGAGAGCAGCACCACUCUCCGUCAAGAGGCGAGACAAGCGCAGACGCAGUUGGCAGAGAAGAUCAAGGAAGUCGAAAGCUUAACCAGCCAGAUUGAGCCUCUACAGACUCGCAUCCAAGAGGUCGAGAAUGAAUUGGAGACAAAGGAAGGCGAAAUGAAGCUUAUGCAGGAGGAUCGUGAUCGCUGGCGGGACCGAACCCAAAACAUCAUCUCCAAAUACGACAGAGUCGACCCUGCCGAAAUGGAGGCGAUGAAGACCCAAAUCUCUGAUCUCCAGACCGAACGCGAUCAACUGACCACCGAGAGACAAGAAUUGCAGGCUAGAGUUGAUGCAAUUCCAGCAGAGUUGCAGCAGACCAAAGACGAUGCUGAGAAACAAUGGAAGGAACAGAAGGCCAGGUUUGUCGAGCAGGCAAAGGCAAGAUCUCGUGAGCAAAGCGCAAAGAUCAGAGAACUGGAGAAAGAGCUCGAAGACAUUAAGGAGGAAAAGAACCAAAUCAGUCAGGAACUUACUCAAGUCAACGAGGAGCUCGAGUCCACCAAGACUUCGAGAGACGAAGCCGUGGCUAACGCCGAGGCCGCAUCUCAGCAGUUGUCAGCUCAGUCACAAGCCGAGGAGGGUCAGAUCCAAGAAGACGGUCAACAAAGCUCAUUAGCGCAGUUGCUGGAGCAGUCGGAAGCUAGAGCAUCCGAGGAGGCCGCCAAAGCUGCUGGUCUGUCCGCUCAGGUUGCGUCGUUGCAGGCCAGAGUCUCCGAGCUCGAGACUCAAGUAAACGAUCUCCAGCAACAACUCGAGACCAGUGCAGCCAGUCUCUCAGAGCUUCAAACCCAAGAGCAACCGAGCCAAGAGACGGCACCUCAAUCUGGCGACAACACCGAGCAUCUGGAGAAGCUGAGACAAGAGCUAGCUACUGCACGGGAAGAAGUCGAAACGCUCAAGGCUGCUGCAGCCGCCAACGCCACUCAAGAAACAUCGGCUCAGGAAACGUCGGCUCAGCCUUCAAAUGUUACCGCUACUGAUGCAGGUGCUGAUGCCACAUCUGUUGCCGAACAAGUCGAGGAACAGGUCGCCAAACUUCGUGCCCAGCUUGAAGAGCAGCACAACCUCAGCAAAGAGCAGCUGGAAACUUUGUACAACAACAGAACCAACCUUAUGAAGCAGAAGCUCAACCAGAAGCUCCGAGACGAUAAGGAGAAGACCAAGGAGGAAGGUCGUCAAGAAGCUCUGGUCAAGCACAGCGAGGAGCUCCAGAAACUUCGCCAAGAGCAUGAAGCUGCUAUUGCACAACUCAAGGAAGAGCACCGUCUUGAGAUUGAACGUCUCACCAAGGAAGGUCAGCUUGCAGUAAAUCAGGCACAAGUCAAGGAACAAUCCACUGCCACUUCAGACGAAGCGCCAGCUCAACCACCUGUUGACAAUGCCGCCGACUCGACUGUGGCUCAAGCUCCGGCGUCUGACAUUGAUCCGGCACAGCUGGUCUUCACAGACGAGCAAGCUCGUACACUGGUCGGUAAGAAUACCGUUAUUCGAAGCAUUGUGGCCAGAAACAUUCAGAACAAGAUUGCUCAAGAAGCUGCCAGGCUCAAGCAAGAGCACGAGAACGUCUUGCAGCAGAAGGCGGAAGAGGCCAAGAAGGAGAGGGAACAGGCGCUCCAAGAAAAGGCCGAAGAGGCUAAGAAGGAGAGAGAGCAGGCCUUGACCAAGGCCGUGAACAUGGAGACCAUCAAGCAAAAGGCGAAACUUGGCAUGGCCGAAGGUCAGACAAGAGCCGCCAAAGCCAAACUCGAUGUCGUCGAGAAGGCUGCAGCUGACACACCUCAGCGACCAGUUGUCGAAGUGUGGGAGAUUGCCAAAAUUACCAAGCCCGCUCCUGUUGCUGCUCCACUGCCUCCUCAAGUCAACAAGCCAGCUCAGUCUCCCAUGAGCUCUCCAUUCAAGGCUGCUGGUCCCGGUCUUCCCCAGUCGCCAGGUAUGGCCCCUCCUCAGGGUUCUCAGUCCAAUCAACCAACCCCCGGCAGUCAAGCCCCACAAGACAAGAUGCAGGCAAGGAUGCAGAAGUUUGGAGCUCAGACUCAGCAGCCACAAGCGGGCACUGCGUUUGGUCAGCCAAGCUUCGUCCCGAACCAAGCUCCAUCUGAUGCUGCUUCUCAAGUCAUCAACAAUGCGCAGUCUCAGGCAGCAGCUGGUACACCACCUCAAACACCAGGGGCACCAUUGAGAGCAGUUCCUCCAGGUCAACAGGCUGCAGGACCUGGCCCCGGAAGGGUCCCUUCGAUCAGUGGCAUUCCAUCAGGAAUUCCCACAGGCAUCCCUACUGGCAUACCCAGAGGAGGUGGAAGCAUGCUACCACGCGGUGGUGGUGCGUUCCGCGGCAGGGGUGGGCUCGCACAGCCUGGGGCGCAGAACGCUCAAGGUCAGGGAAUCAGCGUCCAAGGCGCUGCUGGUCAAGCUCAACGUGGUGGGCUACCUCGUGGUGGCAUGGGUAGAGGACGGGGCGGUGGAGGUAGAGGAGGUAUGAACCCUGGAGCACAACAAUUUGCGCCAGGAACAAAUGGGGCUCAAGGCAAUAAGCGUCCACACGAGGGCGGUGACGAGGGUGCUGGCAAGAGGAUGAGGGGCGGAGCUGGAGGAGGUGCCUAG